AUGCCGCCGAAACAGAACGGGGAGACAGAGCACGACUUGCAGGAUGCCGACUUUGCCAAGGCAUUCCAAGAGCUUAACCGCGGCGAGCAAACGGCUACUGCCCUCGAGAACCAUCUUGCUGCCCUCGAAGCAAAGAUAGACGAACUCCUCGCCGCUACUGGCCAGCAAGACCAGUCUGACUCUACUUCUCCGGAAGCAACCUCCUCUUCUCAGAACCAGUCAAAUCAAUCCGGUCAAUGA